AAUUCACAAUAGGACGAUUUUUAGAAAACCCAAAAAUUGUUAUUUACAAGUGGAAACCAAUUAAAGUAGAAUUUGUUAAUUCGCACCCUGCAUUCCCAAUUCGCAAGACAAAAACAAUUCCGUCUCUCUGUGCCAUUUCUGUGUUCUUGAUCAAGGUGAUCAUGGCCGGAAGCAUAACCCCUGUUCACAGAAAACCCCGGAUUGUUCUCGGUGCUUGCGGGUGUGCCGCUGCACUGGAUUUUCCGAGAUUGUGCCGAAGUUUUCUUAAUUGGGCAGAAGUAAAAGCUGUAGGCACACCCGACGGUUUCAAAUACGUUGAACACGUAGCGAUGCCCGUGGGGGUAAGUUUACUCAUUAAGGAUGAUUGGAAAAGUUUCCAUGACCCUGUGCUUCAUAGGCAUCUUGCUGCUUGGGCUGAUGCAUUAGUCAUUGCUCCAUUGUCAGCAAACACUCUAAGCAAGAUUGAUGCAGGUCUUUGUGACAACCUUCUCACUGAUAUUGUACGUGCAUGGGACUGUGGAAAACCGUUAUUUGUUGCGCCGGCAAUGACCUACAUGACAUGGAAAAAUACCAUCACAAAGAAGUCUAUAGAGUCAAUUCGACAACAUGGUAUCAAAGUGAUUGGACCGGCGGAAAGUGGUGGAAUGGCUGAAAUCUAUUCCAUUGUUGAUAAGGUAAAAAGUGAUUUAUGGAUCCUCUCUGUAAAUUGACCAGCUAUGCCAUGCUAGAAUUGUUGCUAUGGUCCUCUUCAGACCUGAUCACAGAAGCUGACUUUGACUGUAUAACGUGCUAGAAUCUAGAAUUGUUUUAUACGUAGGUGCUUUGCUUGAAUUAGGUUAUAUGAGGCCAUAUUGAGAUACAGAAUUCUGUUCUGGUCCAUUUUUUGCUAGAAUUUUUGUUGUGGACUUGUGGUCCAUCUUGUGCUGGUUGGAUAUGCAUUUUCUCAGUUGUCAUAACUGGUUUGGAUUCAAGUUGUCAAUUAAAUACUGCUGACCCAUCAUCAGUUCUACUUCUCCUGA